GUUUAUAUGUAAAAAUUGCAGUGCAUUUUAAUUAACGGAUUUUUUGAAAUCUCAAUGUUGACUGAUAAGGACUGUUUUUCCAUAUUAAGAAAAUUUAUUUAAACAUUUGUAUUAUUUGUUUGUUAGUUUUGAUGUCUAUUUUGUUGUAUCUUAUUGACGUAUUACAACAGCUGGUAUCGUUAAUAGAAAUAGGGUUCAAUAUAAAAGCUGGUAAAUGUGGAAGUAUGUGCAUGUUACGAAAAUGCUAACUAAUGGAUAUUGUACAGGCUUUACUACAUUUGUAAAGGGGCACAGGAGGUCAUCGAGCGAUGUCGAGUUCAAGGAGAAGAUGCGAUUGGAUGCUAAGACGGCCAUGAACAAGGAACUUCAAAAGAUUCUGAAUACUGUCAUGGGAAAUAAAGAGCAUACACAGAGAGAAUUUGAAGGUUUUGAGCAGCUGUUUAACAGGUAUCUACACGAGACAGGACCAUCUGUGGACUGGGAGAAAAUAAAACUAUUGCGGGAUGAUAUGGUAAAAAACUACCAAGAUUUAGCUGCACCAAAACCAGAUGAAAUAAAGAAGUUAUUAGACAAGCUUGUUGUGGUCAAGCUGAAUGGAGGCUUGGGAACCAGUAUGGGGUGUAAGGGACCUAAAUCUGUCAUCAGUGUCCGAAACGAACUCACAUUUCUUGAUAUGAAUGUACAGCAAAUUGAGACAUUGAACAGAAAAUACGAGGCUGAUGUACCACUUGUUCUCAUGAACUCUUUCAACACCGAUGAAGAUACAGAGAAAAUAUUGAAGAAAUAUAACCAAGUCAGAGUGAAUAUAUUCACCUUUACACAAAGCAGAUAUCCAAGAAUAAACCGAGAGUCAUUGUUACCUAUUGCUACCAACUUUGGUCCGGAGAGUGCUGAGGGUUGGUACCCACCUGGUCACGGAGAUAUUUAUGCCAGUUUUUAUAACUCAGGAUUGUUAGAGGAGUUUAUCAAACAAGGCAAAGAGUACAUGUUUAUCUCAAACAUCGACAACCUCGGUGCAACUGUAGAUCUCAAUAUACUGAAUUUGUUACUAAAUCCAGACACUGGAAAAUCACCAGAAUUUCUGAUGGAAGUCACUGACAAAACCAGAGCAGAUAUUAAGGGAGGUACUUUGGUGGAUUAUGAGGGGAAGUUGAGGUUGUUGGAAAUUGCACAAGUUCCAAAAGAUUACGUAGAUGAAUUUAAAAGUGUCAGCAAAUUCAAGAUAUUUAACACAAACAACUUGUGGAUCAAUCUGGAAGCUAUUAAAAGAGUCAUAGAUGAAAGGACAUUACACAUGGAAAUUAUUGUUAAUCCAAAGACUUUGGACAAUGGUUUAAAUGUUAUACAGCUGGAGACAGCUGUAGGAGCUGCUAUCAAGAGUUUUGAUGGAGCUAUGGGUAUUAAUGUGCCACGUCGGCGUUUCUUGCCAGUGAAAACAACGUCUGAUCUUCUCAUUAUUAUGAGCAACUUGUACAGUCUGAGAGCUGGUUCCCUGGAGAUGAACCCUAAACGCUCAUUUCCAUCUGUACCUCUCAGUAAGCUGGGAUCACAUUUUACCAAGGUGAAGGAUUUCCUGUGGAGAUUUGCCAGUAUUCCAGAUAUUCUUGAACUUGAUCAUUUAACUGUAUCGGGAGAUGUUACAUUUGGAAAGAACGUCACUUUAAAGGGUACAGUAAUUAUCAUAGCAAAUCAUGGAGACAGAAUUGAUAUCCCAUCUGGUGCCAUCCUUGAGAACAAAAUUGUCUCUGGAAAUCUUAGGAUUCUUGACCAUUAAAGGGAGACAAAUCUUACCCUCUUUUAGGGACAAUAUUUUUUAUCAAAAAGCCUGUCAGUUUGCAUGAAAGACUUGUGUGAAAGAUUGUUAAAGAAAGUUACACUACUUCCUAUGAUAGUGCUGUACAGACAGGAAUCUACAAAACAACUAUACUGAUAACCUAGACUUCAGAAUGGUAAUUGAGAUGUUAAAACUGUAAAAAUUAUGCAUUUCCUUCUCACAGUGAGUUUGGUCAAAGUAGCAGUUUAUCAAAUCUCUAUCAUUCUUUUUUAAAGUUGUCAGAUCUAUAUUUCUGUAAAUGAUAGUUGAUUUCCAUAAUAAUCGAAAGAUGAGAUAGUUAAAUGUAGGCAGAUAAUUAAGUUUGUAGCUUUAUUGAUCCAUUUUUACCUGUUGAAAUGUGAUACUAUUUAUGCAUUAUCUUCUUGAAAUUGGAAAUUUUUAUACUGUUUUUGGUGCAAGUAUUAAUAUAUAAUGUUACAUAUAACCGAUAUUAUACAUGUGUUGUUAGUUUAAAUGUUUUGAUUUUAAAAUAUAUGAUCUGAUUAGAAAUGUUCAGUUCACAAUUUGGUGAAAUGUUAUUUGAAAUUAAGAAAACUGAUUGCAAAAUAUUGUUUAAAGUGGAGAAAUUCAAGUAUUCACACCAAAGUCAGUGUUGUUAUGUGCAGCUCUAAGUCCUUAAAUGAGCCACGCCAUGAGAAAACCAACAUAGUGCGUUUGCAACCAGCAUGGAUCCAGACCAGCCUGCGCAUCCGCGCAGUCUGGUCAGGAUCCAUGCUGAUCGCUUUCAAAGCCUAUUGCAAUUAGAGAAACUGUUAGCGAACAGCAUGGAUCCAGACCAGCCUGCGCAUCCGCGCAGUCUGGUCAGGAUCCAUGCUGGUCGCAAACGCAAUAUGUUGGUUUUCUCAUGGUGUGGCUCAAAUAGAAGUACUUUUUAAGUUGCAAUGCUUUUGUUACUGUUGAUUUGUCAAAUACUGGCAAAUGUUUGAAUGUGAUCUUGACUCUAGUAUAUAUAAAUGUGGAAAAAGUGUUUAGUCUUCAGAGUUGUUAACAAAUCAUGAAAAAAAAAGUGUUUAAUCUGAACAGGACUUUGAUAGUACAGUCCAUGAAACUGUGUUGUAUUGCAUUUUUAUUUUAUCCAUGAUCAUCCUUAUUAGAUAUUUAGAUGUAGUCGUCAUGACUUAGUUUGAAAUUCUUCAAUCCGUGAUAUGGGUUCAGAGACUUACAUGCAGAAAUUUACAAAAUUAAUGAGCAGGAUAACUGAUAUGGUAUAAAAAGUUGAAAGCGAUUGUGAAAUAGGGAUUGUUAGUAAUUGUUAGUGGUCAGUUUUGAAUUCAUCUGUUGCUUUUUUAUGAACAUAUUUGUUUCAUUGUUAAUGACAAUCCAGCUUGUUAUACCUAGUUCUAUGACUUACCUCUACAGUCAUUUUCUGGUCUGAAAACAUCCCACAAAUCCCACCUAACCUGUUAAUUAUUAAGAGAGUUCUGGACAACAUUUGUACAAGUUUAUAAACCUAAGUUUGGAGUCCCAAGUUCAUAAGGUUACAAAACUAAGUCAAAAUGCUACCUAGUUAUUGGUCAAUUUUGGGAUCUAGCUAGGAAACAACCAAUCAAAUAUAAGUUUUCAAGCCAGUCUCCAAAGUCCACUUCAUAAAUUUGGACUCCAGUUACAUCAUUUAAUUUACUCUGAAGUGGCAGCAGUCUUAAAACAAAAAUGAGCCGUGCCAUGAGAAAACCAACAUAGUGGGUGUGCGACCAGCAUGGAUCCAGACCAGCCUGCGCAUCCGCGCAGUCUGGUCCGGAUCCAUGCUGUUCGCUAACAGUUUCUCCAAUUCCAAUACGCUUUAAAAGCGAACAGCAUGGAGCCUGACCAGACUGCGCGGAUGCACAGGCUGGUCUGGAUCCAUGCUGGUCGCAAAGCCACUAUGUUGGUUUUCUCAUGGCACGGCUCAAAUAAUGAAAAACUCACUUGUUGAAUGCUUCCAGAUAUUUUAUUGUUAAGGGUGUAUUUUUAUGUACAAUUUAACUUUUGUGUAUUAUGGUGUGUGUGCCACUUCCUUUUAGAGAACUAGUGUUUUAUGUAGUUUGAUGACAAUGAAAAGAUAAAAAUCCAUCUGUCAAACUGACAUGUGCAGCUCUUUGUGUCAGUGAAAGGGUUACAAGAGUUAUUAUUAAAUCUUCUUAAUGGUUUCAUAAUAAAUACCCUUGUUCAUUAGUUUUAGAACUUCAUAGAAUUUUUUCUAGUACAGGAGUCUUUAAAGAAGGUACUGUAAGUUUUUUCCAGUUUAUAAAAUUUUACAAGUAGUACUGCAUGAAAUACAUGGGAAAAUUGCACAAGUUUUAAGAAUAAAUGCACAGUAUAUUUAUUUUGUAAGUCGGAUAUUUGGCAGUUAGGAUAAACAUGCAUUUAUGUGCAGAAGAGAGAGUGUCAAUUUUUAGUUGUUUUCAGCAAUAAGUAGUGUUCAAAGCUAUUACCAGCCCAGUGUAAAAGAAAAUGGCUGAUUACCAUGUGAUUACCUAUGUAAUUGUAAUUGAUUACAUCUGAUUACAAUUACUGAUUAUGAUUACCUCAAGUCUGUUGCUUAGUACCCUGAUUUCUACCUAAGAAAUGGUUGUGUAUCGUUGGGUAUCUGAAGUUUUGAUAAAAACUGUCAGGAAUCUUUUAUCCUUCAAACUAUUUCAACAAUAUCUAAAUGAUUUGUAUUUUGUUGUUUCCAUAUUUCUAUAUCCAAAACCCUAUUAUGGUAGCUUUAAUCAGGAAAUCAUUUCUCCAUUCUGUUUUAUAUACUUCUAGUACAAACUUGUUGUUCUAGGUAUGUGUUAUAUAUAAAUGUGUAUGUACGCACACUGAUUUCAAGUCAUUUUACUUUUGGGAAUAGAAAUAAUAUGCUUUAAA